CUGGGGAUCGCGUCUCCCCGCUGUUAAAGGCUCUACGUGGCUCUGCCGCCUAUUCUGUCGGGUUGUGACCUGUACCGACCGCGGGAGUCAUAGGAAGGACACCAGGGGUCCCAGGAAACGUAAAGAUGGUGAGAGUUCGGCCUGGAGUCAGGAUUUGGGGGAGGAGUGUCUGGCCCAACGCGGACUUCCCUUUUCGCUCCUGCGGUGCUCGCCUUGUCGCCUGCAGUUAACGGUCGCUGGUGGCUCUCUCGCAGCGUCUGUCACGCUGUGAUCUGCACUGGCCGUGGGCGACAUAGGAAGGACUCAGGGGGACCCGGGAGACUAGAAAUGGUGAGUGUGCGGCCCCGGGUGAGGAGACGGGGAGGAGGGGCUGGUCGGAACCGGCCGUGGCGGGACCGGCCUCCCCGCGGUCGCCUCCGAGUCUGCGGACCCGAGUCCGCGGGGGCGCCGCUCGGACCUCAGUCCCCUCCGGCCGCAGCGUGGGGGCGGGGCCGGCAGCCGGGACCCCGGGCGUCCUGUGGUCACUGCGCGCGGCGACUUCGGCCCCGGAGCCUCUCUGGGCAGCUCUGCGCCCGCAGCCCCGCGUGUCCCCAGAUGGUGCGGUGACCACGGGGGGGACAUCAGGGACAGUCGUGACUCGGUCUCCGGGGCUCCUGCGUGGCAGGAGCUGUGGUCUGUGGGGUCCCCAGUCCCUCCUUUCUCCUCAGAGGGGCAUCCGUUUUCUUCUGAAUUUUCCGUAUAUUUGGGGAGCAGGGUCUCAAAUCCACGAACCCGUCUCGCCAGUGUAGGUCUUCCUAGGGCUGGUAACAAAUGCCUAAAUUUCCAGUCUUUCCCGUGCGUUCCUAAAGGCUAACUUCCUGCCUUCGAUUCACAGCGUUAUUAUCAACUAUUUGUCCUCAUUGGUGGAUUUGAAACAGAUUCAAUAUUUUAAUUAUCAUUUUCUCACAGUCAAUGGAUGGCUGUAUUUAGAAGAUUUAUUUUGUGUGUGUGGAUAUUUUACAUGAGUGAAAAGCUGCCUAUAAUCACCUGGAACUAUGUUGUGUGAAAUCCUUGUGCCCCUCCCCCCAGGAUCUUUCUGGGCACAGACAGCCUAUGGGAAAUCCUUUGGUUGGAUAUUCCUCUUGAGAAACCCUUUGGAUGAUCUGUCCUGUCAGCACUGUCCCUACCUGAGUUAGUCACCUUUAGAAGAUUUCUUCAGUUUAUUUUAGUCUGUUUUUCAAUGACGACUUGAAACACAGUAUAAAAUAUUUCCAAAGAGACAAGAAAGAGGUGAAUUUCAGGGAAAACAAAAUAUUCCAGUUUUACAUUGCAUGUACUAAUUCUUCUUUCCCUUUUUUCUUCCCAUUGGGGUACUAAUAUUCUGAUGUCUGUUCUUUUUUUUUUUUUAUAAUUUUAUUUAUUUUUCCCCCAAAGCCCCAGUAGAUAGUUGUAUGUCAUAGUUGCACAUCCUUCUAGUUGCUGUAUGUGGGACGCGGCCUCAGCAUGGCCAGAGAAGCAGUGCGUUGGUGUGCGCCCGGGAUCCGAACCCGGGCCGCCAGCAGCGGAGCGCGCGCACUUAACCACUAAGCCACGGGGCCGGCCCUGAUGUCUGUUCUUUUAUCUUGGAUUUGGCUGUCUGUUCUGUCAGUGCCUAUGUCAACAGCCUCUCAGCUGCACUUGGCCUUCCCCUCUGAAGGGAUAUGAUGCACCUUUACUGGGUUCUCCUCAUGGAUCUUCAACAGCUGUGCCCUCCCACACAGUCAUUGCAGCAGGAUCUGAACUGCAUCCUGGUUGCUCCAAGAACACAGGACUCAGUGGCCAUUGAGGAUGUGGCUGUGAACUUCACCCCAGAGGAGUGGGCUUUACUGGAUCCUUCACAGAAGAAACUCUACAGAGAUGUGAUGUGGGAAACCUUCAGGAACCUGGCCUCAAUAGUCUACAUUUCAGGAAAAACAUGGGAAGAUCAUGACAUUGAAGAUCAGUACAAAAACCAGGGGAGAAAACUAAGAAGUCAUAUGGUAGUGAGACUCUGUGAAAGUGAAGAGGGUGGUCAAUGUGGAGAAGACUUCAGCCUUAUUCCAAAUCUCAAUCUGAACAUGAAAACUACAGGAGCUAAACCAUGUGAAUGCAGUGCAUGUGGAAAAGUCUUCAUGCAUCAUUCAUCUCUUAAUAGGCAUGUUAGAUGUCACACUGAACAGAAAGCAUAUGAUGAUCAAAAAUAUGGAGAAAAGCCAUAUAUAUGUAGGGAAAGUGGGAAAGCUUUCACUUUUUCCAGUUUUCUUCCAAUGCAUGAAAUAACUCAUACUGGAGAGAAACCUUAUGAAUGUAAAAAAUGCACUAAAGCAUUUACUUUUUCCAGUUCUCUUCGAAUACAUGAAAGAAUUCAUACUGGAGAGAAACCCUAUGAAUGUAAGGAAUGUGGGAAAACAUUCAUUUCUUCCAGUGCAUUUCGAGUACAUGAAAGGAGUCACACUGGAGAGAAACCUUAUGAAUGUAAAAAUUGUAGUAAGGCAUUCAGUCAUUCCAGUACUCUUCGAAUACAUGAAAGACGUCACACUUUAGAGAAACCCUAUGAAUGUAAGGAAUGUGGAAAAGCCUUUAUUGCUCUCACAAACCUUCGAGUACACAUGAUCACUCACACUGGAGAUGGACCUUAUAAAUGUAAGGAAUGUGAGAAAGUAUUCAUUUAUCCCAGUUCAUUUCGAAUACAUGAAAGGAGUCACACUGGAGAGAAACCCUAUGAAUGUAAAGAAUGUGGGAAAGCAUUCAGUUUGUAUGCUAACUUAAAAAAACAUAAAAGAACUCACACAGAAGGAACACCUUAUGUAUGUAAGGAAUGUGGUAAGGCUUUUAUUUCUCUUCAGUUUUUCCAAAUACAUGAAAGAAAUCACACUAGACAGAAAUUCUAUGAAUGUAAAAAAUGCAAUAAAGCCUUUACUUGUUCCAGUUCUCUUCAAAUACAUGAAAGAAUUCAUACUGGAGAGAAACCCUAUGAAUGUAAGGAAUGUGGGAAAGCCUUUAUAGUUCCCUCAAGCCUUCGAUCACACAUGAUCUUUCACACUGGAGAUGGACCUUAUAAAUGUAAGGAAUGUGAGAAAGCAUUCAUUUCUCCCAGUUCACUUCAAAGACAUGAAAGGAUUCACACUGGAGAGAAACCCUAUAAAUGUAAAGAAUGCAGUAAAGUAUUCAGUUAUACCAGUUCUCUUCGGAAACAUGAAAGAACUCAUACUGGAGAGAAACCCUAUGAAUGUAAAAAAUGCAGUAAAGCAUUCACUACUUCCAGUUGUCUUCGAAGACAUGAAAGAACUCAUACUGGAGACAAACCCUAUGAAUGUAAGGAAUGUGGGAAAGCCUUUAUAGAUUUCUCAAGCCUUCGAUCACAUAUGAUGUUUCACACUGGAGAUAGACCUUAUAAAUGUAAGGAAUGUGAGAAAGCAUUCAUUUAUCCCAGAUUUCUUCGAAGACAUGAAAGAAGUCACACUGGGGAGAAACCCUAUGAAUGUAAAGUAUGUGGGAAAGCCUUCAGUUCUCAUCAAAAUUUCAAAAUACAUAAAAAAAAUCAUACUGGAGAGACACCAUAUGAAUGUAAAAAAAUAUAGUAAAGCAUUUAGUUUUCCCAGUUCUGUUUGAAGACAUGAAAGAACUCAUAUUGGAGAGAAACCCCAUGAAUGAAAGGAAAGUGGGAAAGCCUUUGUUUCUCAUGCAAACUUUCAAGGAUAUGUGAGACUGCACAGUAGAGGAAACAGCAUAUAAAUGUAAUGAAUGUGGGGAAGUCUUUUGUCAUCUGAGUUCUUUCUGAAGGCAUGAGAUUAGUCACUUGCUAAAAACCUCUUGAAAGUAAACAGUGUGGGAAAAACUUCAAUUGGCCUACAUCUUUCUAUGUGAAACUCUCACCAAGAAGAAAUAUAAAUGUAAGUAAUAUGAGAAAGUUUGACAGAAAUUAACUUGUCUAUAAUGUUCCAGAAAAUUUUCAACAUGAAAGAUUUGUGUAAGAGUUGUAAAUAUAUUGUGUUUACCAAGCCUGUUUCUUAAAUUGCAACAUUGGAUUGUGGAUUUCUGUUACUUUCAGAACUGAAUAUUGAGGUGAGAUAAUUCUGCAUUUCAUCCUUCAUCAAUUGUACAGAAGCUUUCUAGGUAGUACUUUUUGCUUAAAUUGGUUAAAAAUAAUUUCUCUUGAAUUUUUAAUAAUGUUUUAAUUGUUCUGUGUUAAGGGGCCAUGGAAAAGUGACAGUGUGUAUUUGUUGGGAUUUCCUUACUGUCCUUGUGUUGCAGAUCCUGGAUAUGCCUAAUCCACUGUGUAUACUGUACCUCUCUUAGAGAAAGCUCCUUUUGGGGGCAGUGGGUAUAGGAGCUGUUUUUAUUUUCCAUACUAUUAAACAGUUGGAAUAAGUUUUUAUGUAUGGCACGUUUAUCAAACAGUAUACUUUCCUGUGAAUUAUUAUUUUCAUAUUUGGGCCUUUGCUCUUUGUUCUUCCUUCUGACUGGUAUUUGGUGAAUAGACUUUGAAUUAAGUAGAGGCCUGUGAUAGGGCAGCAAAAUCUAGAGCUGGACACAUCACCCUGUAUUGUGUUAUGUCAAUGGGGGUAAUAAUAAGAACUAGAUCUUUAUAAGAAUCCACCUCCUUUAUGUCCCAUGUUGGAAUUCACCAAUAGCCUCACUCGCAUGAGAUUUGGAAGGCAGAAGCAAACAAGUCAUUUGGCAGAUUUUGGAGCCACUAUAGAGGGAGAGAGACAGUUACAUAGGAGCUUCAAGGAAACCAUCUUCCAGCCCAUUUUCUGGAUUAUUUACCCUUCUAGUCAAGAGUAUCUUGAAAACUACCAACAACUGUUUGAUUUCCAUUUUCUUAGAGGUGAAUUUUCCACUGAUGUUUUCACAAGUUUCACAUCAAAGAUCCACUAGUGUUUAGAUUUUUCUGUAAGGCCUCUUGUGUCCACCAGGAAACUAAUUCAGACUUUUGUGGUUGGGAGUAUUCUCUGAUUCCCCUCUUCUUUAGAUGAUAGCUGUAUAAGGUCUAAUGUGUAUAGGACAGACCUUAUGCUGUUAAUAGUGCUAAUGAAUGUGUUUUCUUGAUUCACCAUGACAUCUACAUGGGGCAUAAAAAGGAGGAAAUAGGACUUUGUUUCUCUGCUGUGUUGUGCGGUGGCUGCCUUGACCCAGGUCUUCCACAUGAGAACAUUCACUUUUCUCAUGUCAGGAAGACUGUGUGUCUUUCCUGUUACUUGUAGCUGAAUAUAUUCCCUCAAUAUAUUUUCAAUAAUGUUCGGUUGUAUGUCAUUAAAACUAUGUGCAUUUCCUUGUGAAAUGAACACUUCUGUA